AGGGAUACGCAGCGCUACGCAGCGCUGCGGCCCGGUUUGAACGUAGGAGGCGGGCAGGGGCCCGGCGGCUGUGGGGGAGUGCUGGGGCGGGCGUGAGGGCGGCCGUGAGGGGUAUGUGAUUACAGGAGAGCAAAUGCUGAUUAAAUGUUUCUUAAAAUAAGUCACUAACAAUGCACAGACGAUUUAAGAAUAUAAAUGUUCCCCUGAAAAUUAAAGAAAAUGGGGGUAGAUACACUGAAGAGAAGGAAGAGGCCUCUUUCCCCAAUCAGUCAAAAGACCAGAAGAUUUGCAAAGUGGCCAAGUCAAAAGCUGUAAAGGCAUCCAAGAAGGAGAAUUUAAAUGAUGGGAACCAGGCGCAGUUGCAAAAAUGCACCCUGAAAUAUUGCGAAGGCCUCAAGAAGGAAUCGUACCACAAGAAGGAGGAUGUUGUUAGCUGUGGGUUCACUGAAUGCUUUUCUGAUAAACUAAAAGGGAAUACAGUUGGUGAACCCACCUUGCCUUUGAGCAGUAAGGAAAAUUUUUCAGGAAGUAGACGUGUUUCUUUGGGGGCUGAAGGCUACUUGACAUGUAAUGUGGAAAAAGCAGAAGAAAUACCUGACUCUGGAAUGUCAGAGAACCAGAGGAAAAACCCUGUUGAUUUUGCAGCUGUAACAAUUGCUGAAUUUGGAAUUACUCAAGAAAGUUUUACUAAACACUCUAUAGGGAAGUCUCCAACUUCAUUAAAAUUUAGACGAAGAUCAACAAUUGGAUUACGGGGGUCACCAGAAAAUAACACCCUUAUUCGAUACCUUGCCCAACAGAGAAGUGACAGGCAAAAAGAAGCUAUUGCACAGCAGGUUAGUCCCUUUAAACAUGAAAAUGUCAGGUCGCUGAAGGACAAGAUCAAUGCCUUUCAAGCAUCGUUUAAAUCAGUACAAGAAGCUGAGGGGGCGACUGGCUUCUCUGGCCUGUCGAAAGUGGAUGAUGUUUCCCAGGAAGCAGGCUCGUCUCACAACAAAGUACCUUUUACAAAAGAGCGGAACCUGGAUCAGUGGAGUGAAAAGCUCAUGUCAUACAACAGUGGAGCUGAUUCCAAAGAAAGUUUAAGACAAAAUUUGACCAACAGCAGUAAAUCUGAUAUCAAGAUCUGCAGCAUCUUGUCUCCAUGUCAAGAUGUGACUGUCGCUGAACCUGCUGCUGCUGUUUCAGAGGAAUGGGUUUAUGAGCAACACAAUCCUAUUGAGUCCUGUGAGGCUGUUCUAAUUAGAGAUAUCUUAGAAACAGGCCAUGAUUUCAGUUCUGACCACAUCAGUAAAGACAUUAGAAGUAAUGUUAUAUCAGAUCUAAGCAGAAAGAAAGUUAGCUUUGUGGAAGAACUGAGCCUGGAAAUAUUUGAUGAAAGCAAGCCACCUAUCACACCACUGCAAACGAGAAAUAUUUCAUUAAAUGAGUGUACACAGAGUGGCUCCCAUCUGCGAUCCGUAUUGAAGAAAACACCAGUGAAGCAACUAAUGGAGAGCACGAAGGAAUACUCAAAUGAUGCAGUUGACAGAGGAGGAGGUGAAUCUCCUGCAGUCUCCAAUUGUGCGGAAAUCUCUGACACACUGCAAACAGAGAAAACUGAAAGACAUAGUUAUGAAAUGCCAAAGAAGAAGAGAGUUACUUUUGGAAAAGUUCUAAGCCCAGAAAUAUUUGACAAAACUUUGCCUGCAAAUACUCCAUUGCGCAAAGGAGCAACUCCAGUCCGUUUUCCAGGAUUACAGAGUACUAGCCCUUCUGCAGGGUCAAGUCUCACUGAAGAACCAUUACCUCAGCCAAACUUUGAUUGCAAUGAUGAAUGUGGUGAGCCUCUUGAAGAGUUAGUGGAGGGUCCUGUUGCUGCAGAAGACCCCUUACCUGUUGAAAAUACAGAAGCAGAAACUGACAAGUCUGAUAUGAUAACAACUAAUUCUUCUACUAAAAGAAAGUGUAGAAUCAUUUCAGAGGGAACUGAUUUUAGCGUCUCAAGAGCCACAAAUACUAAGAAUGCUAAUGAUACUAAAAAUCCAAGAAAGAACAAGCUUCAAAGACAAAAUAAUAUAACCACAUCUGCUGCCAAAAAGACACAAAAAACAAAACAUACAAGCUAUGGGAAAAGAAGAAAGAAAAAAGUAAAAAAAUCUUUAUAUGGGGAAAGAGAGAUGGCUUCUAAGAAACCUCUUCUCAGCCCUAUUCCUGAAAUUCCAGAGGUUUUCUCUUCUGCCUCAUCUCCAAACUCACCAGAGGCAAAUGUACUUUUUUCAGAUAAUACCAAAUCUGGCAGUGCUUGCAAGGAUGUUCAACAGAAGCCAGCGGUUGAAAGAAUUAGUGGGAAAAACAUCUGUGCAGUUCACAUGUAUUCAAGCUCUAAGGGCCUGGACAUGGGAGAAGCCAGCAGCUCCAGUAAUACAGUGUUUCAGGUGUCCGAUGGUGAUCUGAAGUCUGUUUCUGGCAUUGAUCACAAGUUUUCAAACAUUAUGGCAGAUGCAAAGUAUGGUUUUGAUACAUCUGACUAUUUCCAAGAAGGUAAAGAGACUGCAUGUAUAAAAGAGGCAAAAGGAAGUGGUUCUUUGAUAGAAAACAAGGAAUUACAAGGAAAUCCUCUAAAUAAGGCAGAGCAACUAACUGGGCUAGAAUUUCUGGAACAAGAGGACACUAGUGUACAUAAGGAUGUCCAGAGACCUGAGUGUCCACAAAAAGGUUCUGUGAGAGGUAGUCCACGAAGAAGAAGAAGUUGUAGUGCCAUCUAUUUUCCUCCUGUUGAAAAAUUGGAAAUAACUGGAAACAAUCUUCCAGUUUCUUCUUUUAACUUGGAAGAAGUCUUAUCUGUUCCUCAGCUAAAAAAUGACUCCUUAGAGCCUUUUAGAAGAAAGAUCAGUACCAGUGGUGAAAGAGUAGUGAGGCGCAGCAUGAGAUUACAUAAAGAUGCAGAAAUGGAAGGGCUUGCAUGGAUUCAAGUACCUGAUGAGAUUCAAAGGAAGCCUCCCCUGCUAGCUUCUGCUUGUAGAAUCAGGAGAACAAUAAGCACAUCCAUUCUUACAGAAUCUGAGAAUAUUCACCGUGAAGAACAAAAUCUCAUCCUGUUUUCAGCACCAGGGAAGGAGAACAAUGACUCUCUUAAUCUUAAUGAUGGUCCUUGCAAAAGAUGGAGGAGAAAAAGCAUGUUUGUAUCCUCACCUCAAGAAACAAGAACUUGGUCUCAAACCCGGAAAAGGAGCAUAACAAAUUCUGCCUAUAGGAAGGACAGAAGUAACCCAAAACACUACCAAGAAGUAGAAAUACCUCUUGAAAAGAACUCUAACAUUUAGUGAGGUUUCAGCUACCUCUGAUUUUCUAAAGUGAAGAUUUCAAAACUAUCCUCAAAAAGCCCUUGAGAUUCUCUACAAAUAAGAAAGAAAUCACUUCUGGCUUGAAGGGGAAGAGUAGAGGCGGGGAAGCGGUUACCAUCUUCUGAAAAGACUUUGCUUUACUUUCUGGGCAUGAACAGGGGGAUAGAGUUUUGCUUCUCUGGUGUGAAGGUUGGUCAUUUUAAAAAAAAAAAAAAAGCUUUUAAAUUUUUAUUGUAUGUAACAAUAAUUUUUUUAAAAUUAAAUUGGCUAAGUAAAGUGAAACAUUCAUCAUACAAUAAAGCUGUACUUCAUUUCUGGACAUUUCCAAUCUUUGGUAUAUAUGUACUAAAUACAAUGCAUAUUAUUCAGUAGUUGACCUGUCAUCUUACUACUUUCAUUUUUCUAGUUUGAACAGUGUAAUAAAAAGUGAUGACUGUAGGUGGUCUACUUAAACAUUUGCUGUUGCUUUCAUUUUUCAUACUGUUCUGUUUCAGCCCUAGUGAAAUACCUGUGCCAGCUUGAAGGAAAUAGCUUUCUGUUGAAAACGAUCUCUUCUGUGACCUUGUUUUUAACAUUAUUGAUGUGGAAUAAAAUACUUUAUGUA